AAAGUAGAGACUAUGGAUGAUCAAUUAAGAGGUCUAAUAAAAUACAAGACGGUUGACUUGCUUGCAAAAUUAGAGAACUCCAUUAACUUGCAAAUGGAAAUAAACGCAAAAGCAGUGAUGCACCACCGUGGAUUUUGCUUUGUGGGAGAUUGUUAUGCCAAAUGAUACUAUUCAAGGUCUUAUCAGAAUGAAAUAGAUGAAUUUGAUGCUCUAUGAACUGCGAAUAUAUUCAUAGGAAAGCUUUAUAUGGGGCAAAAAUGGAUAUCGUCUUGUACCUUUCUAGAACUGUGGUGUUAUCCUCUGCUGGCGCUGAGCUUGAUAUUGAAACUUGAAUGGCUGAUUUUUGUGGUACUACUCUCUCUGAGAGGAACGUCGACCAGGCCAUUGCAGCUCUAAAGAAAGGAGCAUAUUUGCUUAAGCAUGGGCGUCGUGGAAGGCCUAAGUUUUUUCUCUUUCGGCUUUCUAAUUUUAUGUUGGGAUGGCGUUUGGUUUGGCUCUUCUAUGCUCCUCACAUGUUCACCAAUUUGUUUCCGUUGGCUAGAAGAAAAGGUGGUUUUCUGUGCAACCAUUUCUUAGAGUUUGGUGGUCUAAGUGGUGUUGGAGGGAGGAUGGACCUGUGUGGAAGUUUUGCUCAAAAAGCUCAUUCUCAGUCAAGUUGUUCCAUCUCCAUAUCGACCAGCCUUCUGCUAGUCCAUCACGGUUCUCUCAAAAGUAGAUUGGAGGAAAAUGACUCUCCUGGAAUAGCUAAUUUUUUUCUUGUUUUACUUGGCUAUCUGCUUAUUCUCACUAUUGAUAAUCUCAUCGAACAUAGUGAGACUAUGGGCUGUAUGCUCAAUUUGAUAGAAGAUCUAGGAGAGAUCAAUGAGGUAGGACCAGAGAAACAACUUAAACUGAGCCUGGUUUCAAGGAUCAUACCUGGACAACGAACUGUAAUAUUUCAGCGGUACCCACAACCUGAAAAGGAAUAUCAGUCGUUUUCUCUCAUAUACAGUGGGAGGUCAUUGGAUUUGGUAUGCAAAGACAAAGAUGAGGCUGAGAUCUGGUUUGCUGCACUUCAGGCCUUAAUUUCAAGGGGUAGCACCACCAAAUUAAGGUGCAAUUCAAAAAAUGAUGGAUUCUCAUCAGAUAGCACUUAUAACUACUCACGAAAAAGUUCUGCGUCAAAUGUGUCAUCUUGCAGUAGUGAAAUAAUCUAUAAGGAUCAAGUAGAAGCUCCUAACAUUCCGGUUCCUUACGAGAACUCUGCAAAUAAUAGACUGGCAAAAGCUUUUUCUGACGUUUUAUCUUGUACGACAGCAGUAAAGGCUAUCUCUAGGGUUGAGUCAGUUGCAAAGUCCCUUAACUCGUUAUCAUGUGAGGAUUUAGAUAAUCAAUCUUGUCGUUCCUCCGCAGUUGAUUCAUUUAGAAGUAGUUUGUCUAGUGCUAUCAGUUCAUCUAGCCACUGUUCUUCUCAUGAAGAUAUAAAUGCCCUCUGUGAAGUUUUUAUUUGGGGGGAAGGAAUUGGCAAUGGUCUGUUGGGAGGUGGUAUGCAUAGAAUUGGUACUACUGCUUCUGAAAUUGAUGCCCUUUUACCAAAGGCCCUCAAUUCAACAGUAGCACUUGAUGCCCAACUUAUAGCUUGUGGCCGGAAGCAUGCUGUCUUAGUCACGAAGCAGGGACAGAUCUUUAGUUGGGGUGAGGGAACUAGUGGCAGACUUGGGCAUGGUGUUGAAGCUGAUGUUUCUCACCCAAAGCUUGUCGAUGCCCUUGGCGGGUCAACCAUUGAACUGGCUGCCUGUGGGGAAUUUCACACCUGUGCUGUAACUCUUUCAGGUGAUCUGUACACAUGGGGUGAUGGUACUCAUGGUCUUGGUCUUAGUGGCUCUGGUAGUGCUGUCAGUCACUGGAAACCGAUGAGAAUUUUUGGUCAGAGGGAGGGCAUUUAUGUAUCAUAUGUCUCUUGUGGACCUUGGCAUACAGCUGCGGUUACCUCGGUGGGUAAGUUGUUUACAUUUGGGGAUGGAACUUUUGGAGCCCUCGGCCACGGGGAUCGUAGUAGCACAAGUAUACCUAGAGAAGUUGAAACACUAACAGGAUUACGAACAGUAAUGACAGCAUGUGGUGUUUGGCACACUGCUGCAAUUGUGGAGGUUACUACUGAGACCUCUGUUUCUGAUAACAGUCCAUUUGGGAAGCUGUUUACCUGGGGUGAUGGGGAUAAAGGCCAACUUGGGCACGGUGACAAAGAACCCAGACUAGUUCCAUCUUGUGUAGUAGUGUCAGAGGGUUCCAGCUUUCGCAGAGUAGCCUGUGGUCACAGCAUUACAAUUGCUCUAACAACGUCUGGGCAUGUGUAUUCGAUGGGUAUUGCUAAUCAUGGAUUAGUUGGAAGUCUUGGAAGCACUAAUAAACUUCCUACUCGAAUUGAGGGCAAUAUCAAGAACACUUACAUUGAAGAGAUAGCAUGUGGUUCCCAUCAUAUUGCUGCUCUGGGCUCAAAAGCUGAGGUUUACACCUGGGGAAAAGGAGCAAAUGGCCAAUUAGGUCAUGGAGACAACAAAGCCAGAAACAACCCAACGCUGGUUGAAGCAUUGAAAUGGAAACAAGUAAAAACAGUGGUAUGUGGUUCCAAUUAUACAGCUGCCAUUUGUCUUCAAAAAGCCAUUUCCAGUGUUGAUAAUUCUUUAUGCUCAGCUUGUCAUAAUCAAUUCAACUUCAGAAGAAAGCGUCAGAACUGCUACAAUUGUGGACUAGUUUUCUGUAAAGCAUGCAGCAGUAAGAAAUCUUCUAAAGCUGCUAUGGCUCCAAUUAAAAACAAGCCUUUUCAUGUUUGUGAUGAUUGUUUUGAUAAAUUAAAGAAAGCAAGAGAACCUAUAUCAUCUUCGGCAUUUCCUAGGAAAUCAACUGGUAGUAUACAUUCUAAUAGUAAUGAGGUAGAAGACAGAGAAACAUCAAAUUCAAGAUCCUUUGCUCAACUUUCCAGGCUUUCUUCUUUUGAUUCUUCCAAAUAUACUAAGAUCCAAGACAUCAAGCACAAUGGGAAAGUAGAUUUGAACAAUGAUAUGGCCUCAUUAGAAAGUUUUAUGGCUACUUCUCUUCCUGGUUCAAGACGAGCUUCUCGAGGGACAUCUCCCGUAUCAGUGAAAUCAAGUCCGUCUCUUGCUAUGACAAGAAAUAUGGCUUAUGCUAAUAUUACUAAUUCAGAAUCCAUUCUUGAUGAUUCAAAGCGGACAGAUAGCUGUUUCACCCAAGAAAUUGCUUUACUAAGGGUGCAGGUUAGUCUAUGGAUAGCCAGGAAAUUUCAUUUAUUGUUUUAA